ACCAAUACUGACUUAUGGAUUAGAAGUUAUUCUACCAGGGAAAUGUGCUAUGGAAAAAUUAGAAGUGUUUCAGAAAAAAAGUAUAAAACAACUACUAUCCUUGCCAAACAACACAGCGGAUGCAGCGAUAUAUAUUAUAUCUGGAGUCCUACCUGUAGAAGCUCAAAUACAUAAAAAAGCAUUAACAUUACUAAACAACAUCUGCCUACAAGAUGACAACUCUAUAGAAAAAACUCUCGCUCAAAGACAGACAAUUGUGAAAGACGGAAAAAGCAAUAGUUGGUUCAUUGAAAUCAGGAGACUACUGUGGUUUUAUGAUCUUGAUGACAUUAUUUCAGUAAUAUCCAACCCAUUUAAACGUGUCGUAUGGAAAAACAAAGUAAAAAAUGUAGUUAACUACAAGUGGAAAGAACAAAUCUUAACAACUGCAGUACAUUACAAAAGUCUACAACACAUGAACUUUCAAUUCUAUCAACCUGGACAUACACAUCCUAUACUAAGAAUAAAAACCAAAUCAACAAGAGACAUUACCCGCAUACCAGUGAAACUAAAACUACUUGUGGGAACAUAUAUCCUUCAAAGUACGAAAGCAAACUUCAACCAAAAUUCUGUGAAUCCCACAUGCCAACUAUGUAAUGAAUCUAGUGAGACUCUGGAACACUUUAUAUUAGAAUGUAUCAACCUACAAACAGUUAGAAAGCCCAUAAUCAAUGACAUUAUAAUAGAAUUUAAUAAGUGUGCAAAGAAUGAUGGUCAGUGGCAGACCUUGAACCAAAUCGAGAGAGUAAGAUACUUAAUUGACUGCUCCCACCUACUAACUAGACCUACUGAAGAUGACAUACAGAGAUUAGCAGACCUAGAGUACCAAAUCAGAAGACUUCUAUACUGUCUUCAUACUGAGAGAUACAGACAAUACGCGGCCUUAGGCGAUGUUAAUGGCUCUGCUAACCGACUGUACACUAUUACAUAGGUAGUGUUGUGACGUGUACAGUGCGGGUGUACAUAUACCAGUGAUACGUAAAUAAUUGGUUUAAACAUUGGUGACGGUGAUAAACCAUACGUGGUAAAACACGGUUCUCCAACGUUGGAGGAAAGAUACAGAAUACAGAAUACAGAAUAUGGCUCCAUAAACACAGAGGAACGGAAAACAACAACUCAUACCGAUGAUAUUGCAUUGCACCAGAAACUCCACUAGACUAUGUUGCCGUUUCGUUAAUCGCAUGCUGUGAUUAUACUGGUGUUGUUUCCCGUGACAAAUCUUGCGAUAUUUUUAGCAAUAUAAUAGUUACAGUCAAAUACUUUGAUUUAUGUUUUGGUCUAUGUCUUUCUAUUAUAUAAUUAUGUACAUGUGUUCUUUGUUGAUAGGAGAAAUCAUUAUUGAUUUUCGUCAUGUUUGAUUUUAUCCCUAUGUAUUCCUCAAGUUCGUAUGAUGUAAAUAAAUGAUCUAUUCAUUUUAUAACCUUGAUGUAUGAAUGAAUUGUGAAUCCGUAUUUGGAUUUUAGUCCUAUAAGUAUACAUUUAUAUGGGAAAUGAAUGAGCAUGUGUGUAAAAUACAUGAUAGAGAAUUGUUAUUUUAAUUCCUUUCUGAUUUAUUUGGUAAUAAACAUAUUGUUUUGUAAUCGCUCUAUGCAUGUGUGAAUACUAAAAUAAACAAAAAUAUGUAUAAUAGAAUGAAAACUACAGGGACAAGCCCAUUACUUGAACAGUAAAAAUAUGCUUUGUUAAGGGGUACACGUCAAGGAUCCAAACAACAAUGAACUAGAGACACAAACAUUGUUACACCACUUCUUAAAUCAUAAGUUUCACUUUUUGUUUUAUUACUGAAUUUUACAAAUAGAAUUACACGUGCCUGGAAAACUGUGAUAAUGUGAUGUCUGCAUUAAAAUUAAGCACGGCUAAAAUAGCGUAUUUAUACAUACAUAGUUUAGUCACACAUGGCAUUCCAGAGAGUGUUUAUGUUGAUUUUUUCAAUUUACUCCGAUUCAAGCACACACAUGCAUAAUAUGAUUGAAAUAAUAAAACCAUUUCGCAACGUUGCCUUACAAACAUCUUUUUAAGCAUUGUACUUUUGAAAUAUUUUGGAAAACCUUUUUCUACUACUGUAGUACAAAAUUGCUGUUUUAGAAAUAUCAAAUACUUGCU